UUGUAAAGAAAAUAAUUAGUAUUUUCAAAAAGUGGAAAUAUUUACUGUGCAAUCGCAAAAAAAAAUCACGUGCUCAAAAACAAAGAGAAAAUAGCUUUGAAAAAAAACUCGAACAAUUAUUUGACAUCGCUGGGAAGAAUAGUUUAAAAGGUUUCGAUAGAAAUAAUAAUAUUGAUUUUCAACUUCCAAUGUCUUCAAAUCUGCAAGAAAAUAAUAAUAAUAUCUCAGACGAAAAACACGAAGAAAUAAUGGAAAUAGAGGCGAUAGAAGACACCUCUCGUGAUUAUAACAGUAAUGAUGAUUGUGAUGCUACAACAUCUAGUCAGGAGUUGCAAUCAAAGUCAGAUUCAUUUAUGAGUCAAAAUUCAAAUGUGUCUAACUUUGAAACAGAUUUUUAAAAAGAAAAACGGACACCAAAAAUUAAUAUUAUGACGCCAGAAUUAGCUGCUGCACUGGAUCGUGGUAAUGUAAGUAGCCGAAGCGCCACAUAUGUUUUGGCAGCUACUUUAAAAAGUGUGGGAUUCGAUACUCGGAAUGUAAAUUUGAGUUAUAAAACUAUUCAACGACAGCGUAUAAUUCAUCGGAAAGAAAUUGCUAAAGGCUUAAAAGAAGACUUAAAAUUCAAUGACAAUUAUGUGGUCCAUUGGGAUGGUAAACUGCUAAGUGAUAUUGUUGGGACAGAAACAGUAGAUAGGCUUCCGGUGCUUUUAACAUCGUCUGGCAGUGAACAGCUAUUGGGUAUUCCAAAAAUUAAUUCAGGAUCUGGGAUUGAGCAAGCUUUAGCUGUAUACUCAACUAUGGAGCAAUGGGGUGUCAGUAAUUACAUAAAAGCGAUAUGCUUUGAUACUGCAGCAACCAAUACGGGAAUUCAUCAUGGCGCUGGCGUAGAGCUUGAGAAAAUUCUGAAACGAAAGCUUAUAUGGUUACCCUGUCGUCAUCAUGUAAUUGAACUUGUCAUAAAAGGCGUUUUUGAAGCUUACUGGCCAGUACAAUCAGGUCCGAACGUUCCAUUUUUUAAUCGAUUUAAAAUCGGUUGGAAUAAAAUCAACACAUCCAAAUAUAACGCUGGCAUCAACGAUAAGAUAGUGGCUAAUAUACUAUUAAACAAAAAAGAUGAACUAUUAAGUUUUAUCGAUAAUUAUUCGCAGGUAUAUUUUGAGUUGUUAUUUGAGUUGUAAAAGUACACAGAAAAAACUUUUUGGUCAAAGAAAAUUUUCAUUUUAGGCAAGAUAGUGUUCUUUUUAAUAAUUUUCUUAAUUCAAGUUGACCACGUUUUGUGUACACAAUUUAAAAUCUCCAGUUCUCAUGUAAAGAUAUUACCUUUCAAUAAUAACAGAAAUGAUCAUAUUUUUUUGCAGAAAUUUCUUCCAAGAAAUGACUAUCGAG